AUGAAUAAAGCCGUUAGAGAUUAUAAAGAAGAAAAAAGAGUAGCAAGAGAUUAUUUGCAAUUAAUUAAAACUGGAUUGGAUGAUUGUAAUUGCGUGGAGGAAAAAGAAGGAAGAUUUGAUAAAUUAGAAUCAAAUUUAGAUAAAUCGAGAUCAGUUCCGCCAGCAAGUAACCUUAUUAAAAAAGGGGAAUUGCUUAAGUUUGGUGAAGGAAGGUAUCCAAAAGUAAGAGAAGAAGAAAUUAUAAAAAAAAUCGCAGAAGAUCCUAAUGCAUGGAGUUUUAAGAGGUUGAAAAUCGCUGGAGGAAAGCGUGAUAAAAGAACGAACUUACUAGUUCAUGAUUCAUGCAAGUUUACGGAUGGCGAAUUAGUUAUGGAUUAUGGAAAAUUUCACUAUAAAAAGAGUUUCAUGAAAGAAGAGUUAAAAAAAUUUAAGGAAGCUAAAAAAAAGAAUUAUCACAAUCUAUUAAUAGUUCAAGAGGGAAUAUGUGUAAGAAAAAGUUAUCAAGAAAAGCAUAAUUUUGGUAAAAAAAGGAAGAAAAUAACCAAGUUAGAUAUUAAACGAGAAAGUCUAGAAGACAAACUAAACUUAAAUGAUUUCACUAAUUUAAAGAAACUUAAUUGCGAAAGUAAUAAAUUAACUAGUCUCAAUUUAACUAAUUGUGAGAAACUAGAAAAAGUUAACUGUUGUGAUAAUUUAUUAACUAUUGGCACUCUUCUUACUGUUCCGACUAAUUUAAAAAAAUUAAACUUAAGCAAUAAUCCUUUCGCUGGCAAUUUAGAUUUCUUAACCAAUUUUAAACAAUUAAAAUACCUUGACAUUAGUGAUACCGAUUUUAAUGAAGUAAAUAUCGACAAAUUACCCAAAAGUUUAGAGAAAAUUGAAUAUUCUACCAAAAAAAGACCAGACUACAAUCAUGAUAAGUUAGAUUAUAACGAAAGACUUGAAUUAGGUUUUAAAAAUAAAUUUUCAAGAUUAAAUAACAUUAUUUAUGGAUUAAAUGAAAUACAUAAACAAAAACUGGUUCACUGCGACUUACAUAGUGGGAAUAUAUUGAAUGGAAAAAUUAAUAGUGAUGGCGAAGUAGAAAUUACUAGUUAUAUCACUGACUUGGGAUUAUGUCGACCAGCUAAUGAAAUUAACAAAAAAAAAGUUUACGGAGUUCUACCUUACAUAGCUCCCGAAGUAUUACAAGGACAACCUUAUACUCAGAAAGCAGAUAUCUAUUCUUUUGGGAUAGUGGUUUAUGAAUUACCUGAUAUAGAUAGUUUGAAAGUACCUCAUUUAUUAAAAGAUUUAAUUAAAAAAUGUUGGGAUGCUGACCCUAAACAGAGACCAACCGUUGAGGAAUUAAGAGAGGUUAUUAAUGCCAUAAAAGAUGAAUAUAAUACUUUCUCUAAAAAUAAUCCUUACCAAAUUCCUCCUACCGCAGUUGUACAUAGCAAACCUAUAAAUACCAAAAAAAUCAGCGAAUUGCUGGAAAACUCCAAACAAAAUAAUAUUGCUAAGUCAGUAGAAUUUGACAUGUCAGAACUCCAUGGAGUCUUAGAAAAAAUAAAAGAACAAGAAAAUAAUUCUAACUGA